AUUUUCCAAGAACCAUUAAAGGAAUAAAGUAAAAGAAAAACAAGAAGCAGACAAACAUGGCCUUAGGAAAAGUGCGUACCACCGGCGGUAGAAGAACAUCCAAUUCCUCCUGCUCCUCCACCGUCACCCCCAUCGCCUUCGUAGCCCUGUGCAUCCUAGGGGUCUGGCUCUUGUCCUCCACCUCUGUUGUUCCUCCCCGGACCACCACCCGCGAGUCCACAGCCACCGCCACCAACGCCGCUGCCGGAGUUGCCUCUUCCCUCCUCAGCUCUGUCACCACCACCAUUUCGAAGAGCCCGCCCGCUUUCGAAGACCACCCCGGAGAGCUUCCUGAAGACGCCAUCAAGUCAACCGACCGCGACAACGAGGAGGCGAAGCCCCGGGAUAAUAAUGAAGACACCUCGAAAAAUGAAUCGUCCGACCCUGAGAGUGCAAAUCAAAAUUCGAAUAAAGAUCAGGCUGCGGUUGAGCAGGCGGAGGUUGAUCGGGACGGAGGUGGUGACUCAGAUAGCAAGAAAGCGGCAGAGGAAGCAGAGGAGGAUGAGAAAGCUGAGAAGCAGAGUGGAAGUGAACAAACAAAUGAAAAGGGUGAUGUGUCAAGGGAAGAGAUAUUUGAAGCCAAAAAAAGCUCGAAAGAAGAAAGCAAUGAUAAGGUUCAAGAAACCUCAUCGGCUGACACGAAAAACUUGAUAUCCGAUGAAGAUCAACAGAAGCGAUUCGAGCAACAACAGAAAGAAGACGAUCAGAUGCAAUCAAAAGGACAAUCAUCUGAGCAAGAAGCUCACACCGAAGAUCAUCAAGAUGAGGUGGUGGGAGAAGAUCAAACUCAACAAAAUCAGGACACAAACGAGGUGGUCCCGAAGACAUCAAAGAAGGAGUGGUCGACUCAAGCCACGCAAUCCGAUAAUCAGAAAGAAAGGGCAAAGACGACGACGACAAGUUCAACCGAGGACGAUGAUCAAGAAAGUAGUACUACGAGCUGGCAAUUGUGUAAUGUGACAGCCGGUCCCGAUUAUAUACCGUGUUUGGACAACGAGGAGGCUAUUAGGAAGCUAAGGAGUCGAAGGCAUUUCGAGCACAGGGAGCGACAUUGCCCCGAGGAGCCUCCUACGUGUCUCGUCCCGCUUCCCAAAGGGUACAAGAAACCGAUUGAAUGGCCACAAAGCCGAGAUAAGAUAUGGUAUCACAAUGUGCCUCAUACAUUGUUGGCAGAAGUGAAAGGGCAUCAAAAUUGGAUGAAGGUAUCUGGAGAAUUCCUUACUUUUCCUGGUGGAGGCACUCAGUUUAUCCAUGGAGCUUUACAUUACAUUGAUUUUGUCCAACAGGCAGUACCCAAGAUUGCAUGGGGAAAGCGUACGAGAGUGAUAUUAGAUGUGGGGUGUGGAGUUGCUAGUUUUGGCGGUUACCUAUUUGAUAGAGACGUUUUGGCAAUGUCAUUUGCGCCUAAAGAUGAACAUGAAGCUCAAAUUCAAUUCGCACUUGAAAGAGGGAUUCCGGCAAUCUCUGCCGUCAUGGGCUCUCAACGCCUCCCCUUCCCUAGUGGCGUCUUUGACAUUGUGCAUUGUGCACGUUGCAGAGUCCCUUGGCACGCCGAAGGUGGAGCUCUACUUUUGGAGUUAAAUAGAGUUCUUCGUCCUGGAGGUUACUUUGUCUGGUCAGCAACUCCAGUCUACCAAACACUCAAGGAAGAUGUGCAGAUUUGGAAGGAAAUGUCUACCUUGACUGUGUCUAUGUGUUGGAAGCUUGUUGGGAUAAAGAAGGACAAGCUAAACUCCAUUGGUGUAGCUAUCUAUCACAAACCUGAAAACAAUGUUUGCUACAAUCAUAGGAAAUCCAAAACUCCCCCAAUGUGUGAUGACGAUGAUGACUCAAAUGCUGCCUGGUAUGUACCUUUACAAGCAUGCAUGCACAGAAUCUCAACGGACGAGAAGGAUAGAGGAUCAAAGUGGCCUAAACAAUGGCCAGAGAGACUUCAAACGCCACCAUAUUGGUUAAACAGAUCUCAGAUGGGUAUAUAUGGAAAACCAGCUCCAGAUGACUUUGCAGCAGAUUAUGAGCACUGGAAACAUGUAAUCAGCAAGUCAUACAUGAGCGGGUUGGGCAUCAACUGGUCCAGCGUUAGAAAUAUCAUGGACAUGAGAGCCGUUUAUGGGGGAUUUGCUGCGGCACUGAAGGACUUGAAAGUGUGGGUAAUGAAUGUGGUAAAUGUGGACUCACCAGACACCCUUCCAAUCAUAUAUGAGCGUGGCCUAUUUGGAAUAUACCACGACUGGUGUGAAUCCUUCAGCACAUACCCAAGAACAUAUGAUCUCCUCCAUGCUGAUCAUCUCUUCUCUAAGCUCAAAUUGAGGUGCAAGAUAUCUGCUGUAAUGGCUGAGGUGGACAGAGUAGUUAGACCUGGAGGAAAAUUUAUAAUGCAAGAUGACUCAGGAACAAUAAAGGAAGUAGA